AGAUCUGCUCUUGUUUGCUACUGUACUUGAAGCCCUUCAGUCCAUCACAGUCUAAGUGGAGGUGGAUGGGGGAGAAUGAUACAGAGAAAGAUUGGGUAUUGUUGCAGAAGGACAGGAAAGAGGACUGGUGUCAGAGCUGGCAUUGCAGUCCCAUCUGCCAACUUACCAGCUGUGGCCUUGAUCAAGUUACUUAGCUGCUCUCUGCCUCAGUUUCUUCUUCUGUAAAAUGAAGAAAAGUUGAGGUUUAAAUGUCAAUUAUGUAAAGUAUGUGUGGGGCACACAAGGUGAUACUGUUAUUAGGGAGAAGUCUUAUCCUGUGGCUGCAGACAGUUCCUAACUGAUUUCUCUGUAUCCUUGGGCUGAGCCUGUUUUUCAAGGCUGGUAGGAUAGGUUGGGCAUCAUACCUCGCCAAAGAUUUAAUUGAACACAGCUGAGUUGGAAGUCCUUCUAUUUCCAAAAACCUUUGGGCCAAAAUCACCUUUUCCCUGUCAAUUCCCUUUUCCAUCUCUUAGUACUCCCUCCAAGGUUCCUUGAUUCCUGGCAAAAGCUCUAGUUCACUUUAGAGCAGAAAGGGAGGGGAAAUGAUCUUCCAAAAUUAAAGAGACCUUCACUUAAAGGUUGUAGUUCAACCUUUUGAGCUCUAGGGGGCAGUGUGGACACGUUUGCCCCAGGUUCACAGCCAGCCAAUAACAAAGUAAGUUUUCAGUCCCGCACCAAACGGUAAAGGGUGAUUGCAAACGUCUUAGUGCUCUCUACUCUGAGAUUAAGAGGGAUUAUAAUCCUACUUUGGGGUGUUAAGAUGUUAUUGCUUUCGUUAUGACCAAUGAUUUUUUAAUUGACUUAACUAAGGAAAAAAAACGGCUAGCUAUAUUGUUGGUUCCAUAAUUUGGGAAGAAAAUCAGCAAGUCCAAGGGAACUCAAAGUCUUUGAACCACUAUUUAGGCUUCACUCCUGCUCUUAUUGUUGGAUAUAAGAGAAUUGAGCGCUUGACCUUGUUUCCACUAAAAGACAAACAAGGCUGUUGAAGUUGCAACAAACGUUUGUCAAAAACAGGGUAGAGGCGGAGCUCACCGCCGGGAGAAAGCCUGCUGGAUUUCGAGGCCUCUUCAGUGAACGCACCUUGUGUCUCAGCUGUAGGGGCAGGGUGGGGGCAUCUCAAAACUUCCCACCUUUAGCCCAACCUUUGGAGUCCUCGUCACCUUCCAUUGCCCGGUUCCGGACAACAGUGAGGGUCCCAUUCCUUGUCGAGCGGGGAUGGAAACAAAAAACAGUCUUAGCUCGGAGCUCCCCUCGUGGCGCCCUGCCUGCCUCAGGCUCCAGGAGGCGGGCACAGCAGCUGGGAGGCGGCCAGCGGCCAGCCAAUGGCUGGGGGACGAGCUGAGAGGCGAAAGUGGUCCUUCACUCUGGACCAACGUCACGGUGCUGGCCCCGCCCCUUUGCCCGCCGUCGUCUGGAGCCGGGCGGGUAAACCAGCCGCAGAGCAGACGCCGAACCCGGUUUGCCACAAUGCUGCGGCACAGGGCUGUGAUCUCACGUCUCCGACAGGCCUGCAGGCUCCAGUCAGUCCCCUCAAGGCUCUGCAUUCGGGCCUGCUCUACAAAUGAUUCACUUCAGCCCCAGUGCCCCAGCCUUGCCUUCUCUGGUGAUAACUCCAGCCCUAGGGGAUGGAGAGUCAUGGGGACUCUGCUAGGCCUUGGUGCAGUGUUGGCCUAUCAUGACCACCGGUGCAGGGCUGCUGAGAAGUCACCACACAUAUACACGAGAGAGGAAGUGAGAUCUCACAGCAGCCCUGAGACUAGGAUCUGGGUGACUCUGGGCUGUGAGGUGUUUGAUGUUACAGAAUUUGUGGACCUACACCCAGGAGGGGCAUCAAAGCUGAUGCUAGCAGCAGGGGGUCCUCUAGAGCCCUUCUGGGCCCUCUAUGCCGUUCAUGACCAGCCCCAUGUGCGUGAGAUACUGGCUCAGUACAAGGUUGGGGAGCUGAGCCCUGAAGACAAGGCACCCUCCACGUUGCAGACCUCUGACCCUUACGCUGAUGAUCCUAUACGUCACCCAGCCCUGAAGGUCAAUAGCCAGCGCCCCUUUAAUGCAGAGCCCCCCCCUGAACUGCUGACAGAAAACUAUAUCACACCUAACCCUAUCUUCUUCACCCGGAACCAUCUGCCUGUACCUAACCUGGACCCAGAAACCUAUCGCCUGCAUGUAGUAGGGCCACCUGGGUGUCAGUCACUCUUCCUAUCCCUGGAUGACUUGUACCAGUUCCCUAAGCACGAGAUCACGGUCACUCUUCAGUGCGCCGGCAACCGACGCUCUGAGAUGACUUGGUUCAAAGAAGUAAAAGGUCUGGCGUGGAAUACUGGGGCCAUUAGCACUGCAUGCUGGGCUGGGGCACGCCUCUGUGAUGUGUUAGCCAAGGCUGGUCACCAGCUCUGUGAAACUGAGGCUCACGUGUGCUUUGAGGGACUGGACUCAGACCCCACAGGGACUGCCUACGGAGCAUCCAUCCCUCUGGCUCGGGCCAUGGACCCUGAAGCUGAGGUCCUGUUGGCAUAUGAGAUGAAUGGGCAGCCUCUGCCUCGUGACCAUGGCUUCCCUGUGCGGGUGGUGGUUCCUGGUGUGGUGGGUGCCCGCCAUGUCAAAUGGGUGGGCAAGGUGAGUGUGGAACCAGAGGAAAGUUACAGUCACUGGCAGCGGCGGGAUUACAAAGGCUUCUCUCCAUCUGUGGACUGGGACACAGUAGAUUUUGACUCAGCUCCAUCUAUUCAGGAACUUCCAGUCCAGUCGGCCAUCACAGAGCCCAAGGAUGGGGAGACAGUACAAUCAGGGGAGGUGACUAUCAAGGGCUAUGCAUGGAGUGGUGGUGGGAGGGCUGUGGUCAGGGUGGAUGUGUCUCUGGAUGGGGGCCUAACCUGGCAGGUGGCUGAGCUGGAUGGAGAGGAACAGCGCCCCCGAAAGGCCUGGGCCUGGAGGCUAUGGCAUCUGCAAGCCCCUGUGCCAGCUGGGAAAAAGGAAUUGAACAUUGUUUGUAAGGCUGUAGAUGACAGCUACAAUGUGCAACCAGACACGGUGGCCCCAAUCUGGAACCUGCGAGGUGUGCUCAGCAACGCCUGGCACCGUGUCCACGUCCGUGUCACCCCAUGAGAAGGUGAAAUGGAAUUACCUACUCCCAGAGUCAUUUUCUCAACCUCUUUCCAUACCCAUCCUUUUCCCUCCUUACCACAGAAAAACCUUUCCUUUCAUCAUCACUUCUUGGAUGACAACCCUGUACUGUGCCUUCCUAAACCACACAUAGAUACACACAUUGCACAUUUCCAAGCAGGCACCAACUCUCCCAUGACACUAUGUUACGUAACUCCUGUUGUGCCAGGAGUUGAGAGCUGCAGGAGCAGGGGGCUAGAAGGGGGGGAAAUUCUGUAAACAAGCACUCUUCUCUUCCUACCCCACCUACACUUCUAAUGUAUAUCACCAUUUUAUUUUGCUUUUCUUGGGAGUCUUCAGAGAAUGUGUGUGGAUAUGUGUAAGAAAAGUGUAUGUGCAACUUUCUACUGACUUUCUGGGUUGCCAAGGGUUGCGAGGGGUGAAAUCCUGCCCCUUUAUAGUUCCACUUUUCUAAAUACAUCAAUAAAGUGUUUAAGUAUACAACUCUGAAAAAAGA